GUGGACAGACUGCUGUCCACAUCUGCAGCAGCACAGCGUGUGGAGACAUCCCAGAUGGGAGUGUACUUGGCACUCAUCUUCCGCUAUAGGCCACCUAAAGCCAUUCUGUCCAUUACAGCCCUUUGGGUGCUGCUGGGAGGCAGGCACAGAGUGUCUGGGGGAGAGCUCUUUGACCGCAUCGUUGAGAAAGGGUUCUACACGGAGAAGGACGCCAGCACCCUGAUCCGGCAGGUCCUGGAUGCUGUCUACUACCUGCACCGAAUGGGCAUCGUGCACAGGGACCUCAAGCCUGAGAACCUGCUUUACUACAGCCAGGAUGAAGAGUCAAAAAUCAUGAUCAGUGACUUUGGAUUGUCAAAGAUGGAGGGUAAAGGAGACGUGAUGUCCACAGCCUGUGGGACUCCUGGCUAUGUUGCUCCUGAAGUGUUGGCUCAGAAGCCAUACAGCAAAGCUGUGGACUGCUGGUCCAUCGGGGUCAUCGCAUACAUCCUGCUCUGUGGGUAUCCUCCUUUCUACGAUGAAAAUGACUCCAAACUCUUCGAGCAGAUCCUUAAGGCGGAGUAUGAGUUUGACUCUCCAUAUUGGGAUGACAUCUCUGAGUCUGCUAAAGACUUCAUUCGGAAUUUGAUGGAGAAGGACCCUAACAAAAGAUACACCUGUGAGCAAGCAGCACGGCACCCUUGGAUUGCUGGUGAUACAGCACUCAACAAAAACAUCCACGAGUCGGUCAGCGCUCAGAUCCGGAAGAACUUCGCCAAAAGCAAAUGGAGACAAGCGUUCAACGCCACAGCGGUGGUGCGGCACAUGAGGAGGUUACACCUGGGCAGCAGCCUGGACAGUGCCAGUGCCAGCGUGUCCAGCACCCUCAGCCUGGCCACACCUCUGCCCGACGCAGCCACGCGGAAAGAUUGUAUGUCUCCAUCCACUCUCUGUAGUUUUGUUUCAUCUGCUUCUUCAGGCGUUUCUGCGGUAGGAGGGGAGCGGAGACCCAGACCCACCACAGUGACCACAGUGCACACA